AAUAAUUAACAAAUCAUUGAAGCCAAUGCUGGCCAAAGCUGUGACAGACGACCGAAUACAAAGGAAAACCCCACUCUGGCACCACAUGUUGAUCACAUUAACUAGAACAGUCAUGUCUCUUUUUCAUCUCUGUGUGCACGUUCCUAUAUAUAGAGAAUCAUAGAAUUGGUAGAAGCAUCUCAAAGUUAAGCGUUCUCUGGGAAAAAGAACAAAAACAAAAGCAGCCAUGGCCGGGAAAUAUCAAGUUCGAUCUAUAAGCUUGCCUUCCAGAUCCCAUCCCAGCACUGUCAGACUCGAAGAAGAGCUGAACAGGCUAAAAAUCCGAGAGGAAACAUCAACAUUAACAUCAGAGUCGAUUUGCAAGGGUCUAGUUGGUGUAGAAGAGUUGUAUAGAUGCGUGGAUGAGCUUCUCAAUAUGGCAUCGACCCAACAAGUCCUUUCCCAACUUCAACAUGAGAAAUACGUCGAGGAGUUGUUGGAUGGAUCUGUAAGGCUUUUGGAUAUCUGCGGCAUUACAAGGGAUGCCAUGUUGCAGAUUAGGGAACAUGUUCAAGUUCUUCAAUCUGCUCUCCGAAGGCGAAAGGGAGAUUCAAGCAUUGAAAGCAGCAUCAACAGCUAUACUUGCUUCAGAAAGAAAAUGAAGAAGGAUGCCAAGAAGUUGAUCGCGGCUUUAAAGCAAAUGGAAAGCAAAUGUGGAGCAUCACCAAUCUUAGAUCUAGACCACCAUCUAUCUGCGGUGAUUCGAGUGCUCAGAGAAGUUUGUUUAAUAAAUGUUUCAAUCUUUCAAUCCCUCUUGAUGUUCUUGACAACUCCAGUGUCAAAGCCAAUUAGUGGGUGGUCACUGGUCUCAAAGCUGAUGCACAAAAGCGUAAUAGCAUGCGAAGAGAAGCAAGAGAAAGUGAAUGAGAUGGAAGUUGUUGAUGCUGCACUAAGCACCCUAUGCAGAUCAUAUGCCUCAAGUAAGGGGGCUGAUUCUGAGAAGGCGCAAAGUGCACCGAAACGGUUGGAGGAUUUGGAGACUAGCAUUGAAGAGUUGGAGAAUGGUUUGGAGUGUGUGUUUAGGCGCUUGAUCAGAACAAGAGCCUCUCUUUUGAACAUAAUCUCUCAAUAGAUCAGAAUAAAACAAAAACAAAAAAAAAAAAAAAAGCCAUUUUUGUCUGAUCUCCAUGAUCCUAUACGACAUCCAAAUUUUAGAGGAUGUACGUGUCAAAGGAUUGAUAUUUUCCUAUUGAUCAACAACUAUGUACAUGGAUUGCUAUAGA